AUGGAGGCAGCCACAGCUCUGGAGGUGGUCGGAUCCACGCUGAAAGUGAAAGAAGCCAGCCUAGCGGAUGCUGACGGAGCCCAGGCUUCACCUCGGCGGGGGGCCAUCAGCCCCAUUCCCCAGCUCCUGCCCCCCACAGAAGAGCACCCCAAGAUCUGGCUACCUCAGGCCCAGAGGCAGACCUACGUCCAGAAGGUUGGAGACACUCUGAAUCUACUAAUCCCGUUCCAGGGCAAACCCCAACCUCAAGCCAUGCGCACGCAUGACGGCUGUGCCUUGGACGCCAGUCAUGUGAGCAUGCGGAAUGGGGAGCGGGACUCCAACCUCUUCAUCCGAGAGGCCCAGUGUGCUGACUUGGGUCACUACCAGCUCCAUGUGCAGCUGGGUGGGCUGGAGGCCACCGCCACCACUGACACCCUGGUGAUCGGUACAAGGCCAGGCUCUCCUCAGAGUAUCAAGUUGGUGGAUGUCUGGGGCUCCAGCGCUACCCUGGAGUGGACUCUGCCCCAAGACACGGACACACUCCUGGGAUACGUGGUGCAAAAGGCUGACACCAAAUCUGGGCUGUGGCUCACGGUGCUGGAGCGCUAUCACCGCGCCAGCCGCACAGUCUCCGACCUCAUCGUCGGCAACUCCUAUGCAUUUCAAGUCUUUGCUGAGAACCAGUGUGGGCUCAGCCAGACAGCCUCUGUCACUGCCGACCCGGCCCACAUCCAGAAAGCAGCAAGGCCCUUCUUGGUCCCCUCGGCUACUGUUUACAAGACCGAGGGGUUUGUCCAGUGAGAUUUCUCAGAAGCCCCGAAGUUCACCCAGCCUCUGGCAGACUGCACUACAGUCAUUGGCUGUGACACCCAGCUCUUCUGCUGCAUCCAUGCCUCCCCCAAGCCAAAGAUCAUCUGGCUAAAGAACAAGGUGGCUAUCCAAGGCAACCCCAAGUACAGAGCCCUCACUCACCUGGGAAUCUGCUCCCUAGAAAUCCACAAGCCUGGCCCCUUUGACGGGGGCAUCUACAUCUGCAAGGCUGUUAACCCCCUGGGGGAGGCGUCAGUAGACUGUCGGGUGGAUGUGAAAGCUCCGGGGUCUAAGCUGACUUUUGCUCCUGCUGGCUGGAACAUGGAAGAUUUAGAAGAAGAUGUAAAGUUUAUAGCAGAUGAGACCUUGGACUUUGGGGGGCUGUCACCAUCUGACAGUCGAGAGGAAGAAGAUACAGCAGUGUCGGUGACUCCGGAGAAACCCCUCCGACGAGGUCUCUCCCAUCGAAGUGACCCAAAUGCAGUGGCCCCCGCCCCCCAGAGUCUGAGGCUCAGUUUAGGCCCCCUCAGCCCAGAGAAGCUGGAAGAAAUCCUCAGUGAAGCCAACCGGCUGGCAGCUCAUCUGGAACAGUGUGCCCUGCAGGAGCGGGAGAACACCGGUGAGGGCCCGGGGCCUCGAAGGGUGAAGCCCAGCCCUCGGCGGGAGACCUUUGUGCUCAAGGACAGUCCUGUCCGAGACCUGCUGCCCACCGUGAGCUCUUUGUCUCGGAGCACUCCCUCCCCAAGCAGCCUGACACCCCGACUCCGGAGCAGCGAUAGGAAGGUGUCAGUCAGGGCUCUUCGAGCAACAUCUGGAAAGAGGCCCUCCAGCAUGAAGAGGGCCCACCUACCUCUGUCAGACCAGUCUUGGCUCCACAGCCUUCUACCAGCAACUCUCAGCGCCUGUCUCGGCCACAGGGAGCAGCUGCUAAACCUUCCAGUCGACUGCCUGUUCCGUCGGCCAUUCCCAGGCCUGCCAGCAGGAUGCCACUCACCAGCCGGAGUGUUCCAUCCAGCAAAGGUGCCCUUCCUCCAGAUUCCCUGCCAGCUCGGAAAGGACUUCCAAGACCAAGUGCCGCAGGGCACAGAGUUCCUGUUUCUCAGCGACCAAAUCUUCCCAUCCCUGGUGCCGGUCGCAGCAAUCUGCAGCCCCCCAGGAAAGUUGCAGUCCCAGGACCUACCAGGUAAAGAGAUCAGGACAGCAAGCAAGAAUUCAGUAGCAAACUACUAUAGUCACUGCCUGGACUCACCUCUGUAUUCAGCUUCCCAAGCUCUCUCCUUGGAGGCAGGCCUGACUCCAGCAGAUUCUGGCCCAGGGACAGAAGGAAGAGCUGCCACCAUGGCUGGUGCCCCAGGAGUAGAGACCAUGGGAGAUAGGGUGGAUUCGGGUUGAGCUGGAGGGGAAUCAAACUCUCAGUUGAAACGAGAUAGGAAAAAGAGGUUGCCUCCCAGUGGUGAAGUUAAACAGGAAAUAAGAAAUGCUCGAAAGUGGUUUGUCCUCAUCCACCCCCAUUCUUGUGUCUAGCUCCACAGAGUUUGAUUUUCAUCCCAGGCUUUGGUUCGAUGGACAUUUACAUGUGAAUGGCCUCUGUAGCUAACCUCCGUGCUCUCCAAGGAGCAGUCCUCCUGAAUAACAUCCUCUGCUGGACUCAGGCCUGUUUGGAGAGGCAGAGGCAGGCAUCUGGUCUCCAGAACUUGUUUCCUGUGGAUUCUAUGACUCCUAACAGGCCAGUUUAUGAUGAGCUUACUCCAUUGGUCUGCAUUUUUCUAAAAUAAAAUGAGUAUAUUUUUA